GAACCAUUCGCACCGAACGCUGCUGCUCACAUGCGUCGCUUUAAACGCUGUUUUGUGAAGUUGUUUCAGUUUUCUUUUCACUUAUGUUGCACACAAGCACAACCGACUGAAUCAUUAUUAUCAACCUUCAGAGCCUUCAGCGGGCUGUACUUCGAGUAAACACUCUAUUUUCGUACUUUGAAUGUAUGUUGCUACACGAACACAAUUACCUAAAGCAUUGUCUGCCUUGUAUGCUGCAAAUCGGUUCCAUUGCUGAUCCAAUCAUGCUGCGGCAUAAUCAUCGCGAUUCAAAUCAGAAUCAUCCUUCGUUUGCCUUUUGUCAGGUCAAAAAUGUUGCCACAGGUGGAACAAGUGUACCAUGAAUCCCUGGCAUCCCUCGUCCGUGUCCGUGUUCCUCUUCCUAUUUUCGACAUUCGAUUAUGCUCCGGUAGGUAAGCAUUCGGCUGGCAAACGACUCGCGUAGCACUAAGGGUCUAGAAGCAGGAUACCCCCCAACCCCUAACAAAGAGAAAAUCAUCGAUUUCGAGCGAGACUUGAUGACAGCGGCGGCGAAAUCGGGCUUUUCGAUCGGAACAGAACAUCACAGACACACUCGAGAGAAACACACACACACACACACACACACACACACCAUACAGCGGGACGGGGAUCGCAUGUUUGAACGGAAAAUUAAACAAACCAAAGAGAACAAAAGGAAGGGAAAAAAAGGAUAAGCGAGUGAACGGCCGAUGAGAGCACUCUCACACUCGCACGUGGUCGCACGGACUGGCCUGCUCGCUGAGUGAGUCGCUGUCACUAAUGUGAAAGCAAGAAAUUACAUUGACAGCGCGCCUCCAUGUGAUGUGGGACGCUGCGUGGCGGCUAAGCAUUGGAGCGGAAAAUUGGAAAAAAAUACAAAUAAAAAAAAAGGAACAAAACAUCAUACACACACACAUAGCGACAACGCGGGAAAGGAAAGGUCACAAAAGUGCGUUGACGCGCGGGAAAUGAUCACUUCUAUUGUUAUUAAAAGCGCUCGCCGCUCGAACACAAGAACACAAAAGCAAAGCACCGCCACCCAACCACCGGAGCGGAACAAUUAAAUGCAGUGAUUCGGCCAGGGAGGGGGAGGGCAAGGGUCGCUAGCAAAAUAGGCCACCGGUGGAUUACGCGAUGAUACGCGAACGAAGGAAAACUGCUUUUGUUUAUGUUCCGGCGAGAGAGAGAGAAAGCGAGUUGUAGAAGAGCUGCUAUCUGUUGCUGCUGGUGUGUGAAUGGAUUAAAUAAAGAGGAUUACUGA